UGUAAUAAGAGAUAGACGCGUAAAGGGUAGGCUGUGAUUAUUCCGUGUUUGUCUUUUUCAAUACGCGGUUUUUCCCCCUUGACUCUCUCCUCAACUAAAAUCCCUCUCUUGUUCCAUUUCUCUUUUCUUCCCUAUUCUUCUUCUUCUCUCUCACAAAAAUUUGGGAUUCAGAAAUUGUAAUUGGACGGAAAAGUUAUGAUGAGAUUGUGUUAUCGGCCGUUGGAGAGGUGUUUUGGAAGGCGGAGUGGUGAUGGACUUUUGUGGCAUACAGAUUUGAAGCCUCAUGCAUCUGGUGAUUUUUCUAUGGCUGUUGUUCAGGCUAAUUCAUCUCUUGAAGAUCAAAGUCAAGUACUUACUUCUCCUUCUGCUACCUAUGUUGGUGUUUAUGAUGGUCAUGGAGGUCCUGAAGCUGCGCGUUUUCUUAAUAGACAUCUCUUUCCUUAUUUAAACAAGUUUCAGAAAGAGCAAGGGUGUUUAUCAUCGGAGGUGAUAAAGAGAGCAUUUAAUGCAACAGAAGAGGAUUUUAUUCGAUUGGUGAAGCAAUCAUUGCCUUCUAUGCCGAAGAUUGCUUCAGUUGGAUCAUGUUGUUUGUUUGGUGCUAUCUCGGGAAGUGAAUUGUAUGUAGCUAAUGCAGGAGACUCUAGGGCAGUGCUAGGACGCAGAGGUUUUGACGGGGAGAAAAGUAAAGUGGUUGCAGAAAGGUUGUCCACUGAUCAUAAUGUUUCAUGUGAGGAGGUGCGGAAAGAGGUGGAAUCACUUCAUCCUGAUGAUCCAUCUAUAGUGGUACACUGUCGAGGAGUUUGGAGAGUAAAAGGCAUAAUUCAGGUCUCAAGAUCUAUUGGAGAUGCCUAUCUUAAGAGACCGGAGUUAAACAGAGAUCCUAUCUUUCAAAAAUAUGGAAAUCCUGUUCCUUUGAAGCGGGCUGUAAUGACUGCAGAACCUUCCAUAGUUACGAGAAGAAUUAGAACGCAUGACUUAUUUGUGAUAUUUGCUUCUGAUGGCCUCUGGGAACAACUAAGUGAUGAAGCUGCUGUGGAAAUAGUCUUUAAAAACCCAAGAGCUGGAAUAGCUAAGAGACUGGUGGGAGCAGCCCUUAAGGAAGCUGGUAAGAAGAGGGAAAUGAGGUACAAGGACAUAAAGAAAAUAGAGAAGGGAAUUAGGCGUCAUUUCCACGAUGAUAUAUCAGUGGUAGUGAUCUAUCUUGAUCAGCAGAAGAAGUCUUUCCAAUCCAAAGGCAGCGUUGGCUGUAUCUCUCCGCCUGUGGACAUAUCGUCGUAUCAUUCAGAUGGUGUUGCAGAUGAACCAAGUGGUUAGAGUCUCUUAAAACAGGCAAUUUAUUAAUGGGUACAGUAGGAUUAUGGUAGUGAAAAAUGAUAUGAUGCGUGGAAAGAAUGCUGAUUGUAUUGUACAUAAAAUCACAGUUUUGGGUGGCUGGUUGAAUGCAUUGCCAGCAACAAGCUUUCAGUUUAGGAGCUGACCAAACACAUUUUUUUCCAAACGGAUUCUCCUCUUCAUUUUUUUUUACAUAUAUAUAUAUAUAUAUAAAGAUAUAUAGCUAAAUGGAUGUCCAUUAUUUUGAGUUAGAAUAGGUCUUUUAUUAA